ACAAACAAAAGAACGAAGAGAUAAAAUAACUCUUUAACUACUUCUUCUUCUUCCUCUUCUUCUUCGUUGAUAUUUUUCUCUCAUUUUAUUGACUUUCCGAAUCUCCAAAAAUCUAACCCAAAAAAUAAACAAUAGUUUUUUUUUUCUCCGCAAAGGAAAAAUCUUUUCUUCACCAAAUAAUUUGUCUCUUUCGCAAAUCUCAGCUCUCUCUCGAAGUGCCUUUCAACGAUAAAUUUGUGGGCUUUAUUCAUUUAUAGUGUUGUUUUGAUGAUGACAGAUUCUAUUACCAGAAAUUGAUCAAAGAGAAAAACGUUGCUCUCUCUUGAUUUCUUUUCUGUUUUUUUUUUUAUAUAAUUAAUUUGUUCCGGUGAAUGAUCGUCGUCUUAUGGAAGGUUGUAGCUAAUUUCUAAUCUAUAGAGAGAGAGAGAUGGGAGGUUGCGUGUCGACGCCGAAGAGCUGUGUUGGAGCAAAACUGAGGUCAAGUAAACGAAGGAAGAGUCGUAGACGACGAAAAAUUCAAAGGAAGAGAGCCGCCGUCUCUUCUCGUCUCUCUGACGGAUCUUUCGACAAUCUCGAUCAUCAUCAUCGCAACUUCUCUAAUCCCAGUUCUCGAGCAACUGGCGAAGACGCAUGGUUUGAGUCCAAUGUCGCAUUUGAAACAGACUGUGAUGAUGAUUUCCACAGUGUUCAUGAAGAUGCAUUGUCUUUAAACGGAUCUGAGCGUGUAUCACUCUCGAGUACGACAACCACAUCAUCAACACGAGACACUGAUUCAAAUGAAGUGAUGUCUCAAUCGAAAUCAGACGGUGACUUAAACGACACAAACCAGCCUGAUUUGAUUGAUUCAUCUGCAGAUGAAGGUCUCUUGGAAAACUGCAGGAUCUUACCGAGUAAUUGUUUGCCUUGUCUGAAUACAACAACUGUUCCUUCUAUUGACAAGAGAAGGUCUCUUAGCUCUAGCCCUCCCAGUUCCAGGAAAAAAUCAUCUCUUAGACUUUCUUAUAAAUGGAGAGAAGGUCAUGCUUCAGGAGCCUUGUUUUUGUCGAAAAUGCAGCUGAAGAGACCGAUAGCGGGUUCUCAGGUUCCUUUCUGUCCAAUUGAUAAGAAAAUGCUCGAUUGUUGGUCAACCAUUGAUCCAAAUAGUUUUCGGGUUCGUGGCAAAACAUAUCUCAGGGAGAAGAAGAAAGAGUUUGCACCUAGCCAUGCUGCGUACAAUCCUUUUGGUGUCGAUGUUUUCCUAUCGGAACACAAAAUACACCAUGUUGCACAAUAUGUCAAACUUCCUGUUACUACCACAUCCACAAAACUCCCAUCUAUCCUUGUUGUAAAUGUUCAGAUUCCGUUAUAUCCAACUGCAAUCUUUCAAGGUGAAUCUGAUGGAGAAGGAAUGAAUAUUGUAUUAUACUUCAAACUCUCGGAUAAUUAUUCAAAGGAACUUCCGCUCCAUUUUCAAGAAAGCAUUCGGAGAUUAAUAGAUGAUGAGGUUGAGAAAGUUAAAGGCUUCCCUUUGGAUACAACGGCACCUUUUAGAGAGCGGCUUAAGAUAUUGGGACGUGUUGCAAACGUGGAUGAUCUCCAUUUGAGUGGUCCGGAGAAAAAACUGAUGCAGGCUUAUAACGAGAAACCUGUACUUUCACGUCCGCAGCACGAAUUCUACUUGGGUGACAAUUACUUUGAGAUUGAUAUCGAUAUGCAUAGAUUCGGUUAUAUAUCGCGGAAAGGGUUUGAAACAUUCAUAGACAGACUCAAGAUCUGUGUUCUUGAUGUUGGCCUCACAAUUCAGGGGAACAAACCAGAGGAGCUACCGGAGCAGAUUCUGUGUUGCGUCAGGCUAAAUGGGAUUGAUUUCAUGAACUAUCAUCAAUUAACUCAAGAACUCCUAUGACUAACAACAUUGUUUUCUCCUCUGUUUUUCCUUGUGAAAAGAAACACAAAAUCCAAAAGAGCAUCCCGUUAGAACCCCAAGAACACAAAACAAAGGGUGAUGAUUUACAAGUGAAUAUAUGAAAAUUUCGAAUCUUUAAUCCACAGUAUUAUCUUAUACUUUAAAUGUUGGUCUUUAUUUUAUACUUGUCUCUCUACCUUUGAGGAUCCAUAGCAAUGGAAGUCAUAGAUGUUAGAUCACUGAAUUCAUUGGUAGAAUAAAAUCUUAUAUAAUAUUGUCACUAGUAAUUGCAAGUUGCUAUAUGUUAAUAACUAGGCACAGAUCUCAUUAUACAUAGAGAGAUAGCAUAAGAAAACAGAGAGGAGACCUAUGCACAGAUCUGAGAUCUCAGUGGAUGAAGUCUUUGUUUAUA